CUGAAAUCAGAAAACUUGUUCAUAUUCUUCAGUUCCGUUGUGAAUAUCGGUGUGUCUACACACCACACGUAAUUAAGUGUAAUAGUACUGUUUCGUUUAAUUUAUUUUUUAAGUAAAAUUCAUUUUUUUAGUGAAUUUAUUAAACCCCAUAAGAUGGCAAAAAAUAUAUAUUUGAGUCUACGUAGUGGACUAAAAAUGCCUGCUUUAGGGUACGGUACAUGGCAAGCCAACGACGAAGAACUCGAAAAAGGUAUGGAAGCUGCCCUUGAAGCUGGUUACAGACAUAUAGAUACUGCUCAUGUUUACGAAAAUGAAGGAGUUAUUGGGAAAGUUAUUAAACGUUGGCUAUCUUCGGGGAAACUUGACAGCAUGAAGGCAAUGGAAGCCCAGGUUGAUGCAGGAUUGGCGAAGGCCAUCGGCCUAUCGAAUUUCAACAUAAAACAAAUUCAAAGAAUUCUCGAUAAUGCCAGAAUACCGCCUUGCAAUUUGCAAGUAGAAUUGCACGCGUUUUUCCAACAGAACGAGCUGUAUAACUUUUGCAAGAAAAAUAACAUUGUCAUGACUGCCUAUUCUCCGCUGGGAUCCCCCGGAAUAGGAAAAUUCAUGUCACAAUUCGGACAACAAGUUGAAGCUCCGAAUAUACUGGGAGACCCAGUGGUCAAGCGGAUCGCUAAAAAGCACAACAAAAAGGAAUCGCAAGUUUUAUUGCGUCACAUUAUUCAAAAAGGCAUUGCUGCUAUUCCUAAGAGUACAAAUCCCGAACGUCUCAAACAAAACAUCGAUAUUUUCGAUUUCGAACUUGACAACGAGGACAUGAAAGCGCUGAAUGCACUUGACAAAGGACCUGCGGCUAGAAUUGUUGACUUUUAUGCCUUUAAAGGGUAAGGUUCUUAAUGCAUCCAUACUUCAUUC